AAGGCUAAGUUCAUAUGGCCGCGCGGUACCGCGCGGAACUACGAACCGCGCGGCACAAGAUCAAUAUAAACGAUAAUUAUCGUCUACAUUACCGCGCGGUACCGCACGCCAACGCGCGGCGCGCUCUGACCCGCGCGCAAGAUCUAGAACCGCGCGCUGCCGCGCGGCCCAAGUAUUUCAAACCUGUAUCGACCUGUUCAGUUGAUCCGCGCGCCUUGAGACGGAAAGACACAUAGAUCGAUGCAAUGAGUACCGAAGAUGACAUUGUGCCUAUCGAUUUGCUUAUCGACGAAAUCGAAAAAAGAGAUGCGAUUUGGAAUCUUAACUCUAAGGAUUAUUCAAAUAAAAUAUUAAAAAGAAGGUCUUGGGAAGAACUAGUUUUAAUUUUUUGCAAAAAUGAUGAUUCCGAAGAAAAAAAGAAAAAUUUGGGAUCGAUUUUGCAAAAAAAAUGGAAAAAUUUACGAGAUGCCUAUGUAAAAGAACUUAAGAAAACAAAACAUUUGAAGUCUGGUUCCUCAGCAUCAACACCAUCUUCAUUUUCGUAUUUCCAAAGAUUGUCAUUUCUUAAACAAGUUGUCCAGAAACGAAAAACUGACAACAGCCUUGAUGUUGCGGAAGUUACAGAGAAUCCUGAUUUGGAUAGUGCAGUUAACAGCAGCGGCGUUCAAGCUUCAACAGAAAAUGUGCCCCGGAAAAAAUUCAAACUUCACCCUGCCGAUGAACAUUUUGCAAAUCUUUUACAACAAAGCAUAAAUACUCGAAAUAAUAAUGCAGCAGAAAAGAAAGAUGACGAUGAAGAUAAAUUAUUUUGUCUUUCAUUGGUUAGGGAAAUAAAAAAAGUUCCUGAAAACCGGCGUUUAAAACUGAAAAUUGAAAUUUAUAAUUUAUUAGAACGAUACCAAGCUACACGAGCACAGCCACUUGAAGAUUUUAACUACCCGUCUACUUCAUAUAGCUCACAACGACCACCCAGAAACUAUCAUGCUUCAUUUCAAAGUUCUCAAUAUAGCAACCCAAUGCAGUACUCUGAUAGAGAAUCAACACAAUAUGGCUAUACAACUAGUUCAUACACUUCACCUCCCACAAGUUCAUCGCAAGCAACAUCACCCCCGGGUGAUGUUACUUGUGACCCGUCAUACGAAGAUUCUCAAGAAUUAGAUCUGUUCAAUUAAACUAAAAGUUAAUUUGCCAAGAAGCCUCGCUCAUAAUUUCUUAUUUUUUAUAAUUUUUACUGUGAUUAUGAUUAAUAAACAGUUAACUUACCGCAAUGUUACAA